UGCAGAGGAUGGUGGCACCAUAGUUCAGCAAUAACCUGGCCUGCCUCUCUGCAAUCGGUGUGGCUCCUGGUGGUGAUCACAGCAGCAGCAGCAGCAGCAGCACUAAAGACGAGAGGAGCAGGAGGUUGCACUUCCAUCACGUGUUGAAUAAAUUAGAUUUUGGAGACGGACGUCCACCGCUCGGCUCCCACAUCGUUUGGUUUCAGUUAACGUGCUGCAGUGAGCAGUGAGUCUGCGACCAGACAGACAGCCGGUGGAUGCCAGUAAGCUGAGAACGUCCACUCCAAGAAGACGACGGGAAAGUUUUACAAGACGCAAAGUUGCAUUUUUUCUUUGAAACUUUUCAUCGGGAAGGAAUUUAGGACAGAAGCAAACUGUGUGCAGCGGGCGAGAUCUCCAGAGCGACUGGUAGUGAACAGCCUGCACUCCUCUUUCUUGAGAUGGAUGUAACCUUAACUUUGUUCUUCGUAAGGGAAUACUGAGAGGAGGAAUUUGGAUAUCUGGAAGCUCGACUUCUCAUCUCAGAAACACCGGAGAGGAUCAGAUGAAUGUUUAACACGAAGGGGCCAAAAUGAAGACAGCUGCCAAGGGUUUUGGGAAGUCUAUAAUGGAUCCUUUGCAUCGUGAGGGUUGGUGGAGCAAAAGGAUAGUGCUAAUGGUGUAUGUGGCCUUGGAGCUCAUCACAGUCUAUUCACCCAUGGCCCUGGGCACACUCGAGUUACAACUAGAUGAAGAACAACCAGCAGGCACUAUUGUGGGCGACAUCAGUGCAGGACUUCCUCCUGGCAUCACAGCGUCAUUGUACUUCAUUUCAGACCACGAGGGCACAGGAGUGGGCAGUGAUUUGGACAUAGAUGAAAGCACAGGCAUUAUUAAAACCGCCAAAGUUCUGGACAGAGAAUUGAGAGACAGAUACAACUUCAUUGCAGUCACCAUGACAGGCGUGACAGUGGAGGUGACUAUCAAGGUGAAUGAUAUAAAUGACCACGCCCCAAUGUUCCCUAGAAAACGGGCCACGUUUAAAAUUCCUGAACAGACUACUAUCGGCACUCGAUUUCCUCUUGAGCCAGCUGUUGAUAGUGAUAAAGGCCAGCUUACAACACAGGGUUACAUUAUCAAAGAUGGAAAUGUUGGCCAGGCAUUCACCUUGGAAACCAGGAGGGGAAGCAAUGAGGUUCUCUAUCUGGACUUGGUUGUCAAUGCCAUUCUAGACAGAGAGAAAAGAUCCAUCUAUACUUUAUCUCUGGAGGCCUUUGAUGGUGGUUCCCCCAAAAGAACUGAUCAGAUGACAUUAGAUAUUACUGUGCAAGACAUAAAUGACAACGCUCCUGUUUUCAACCAGAGCCGCUACCACGCUAUAAUAUCUGAGAACCUCCAACCAGGAAGCAACAUCCUGCAGGUGUUUGCCACAGAUGCUGAUGAGGGAGACAAUGGGAUGGUGCUGUAUGAGAUCAAUAGGAGACAAAGUGAUCCGGAUCGCUACUUUGUCAUAGACUCUCGCACUGGCAUAAUCACCCUCAACAAGCCGCUGGACUUUGAGAUGAGGAGAGUACAUGAACUGGUGGUCCAGGCACAAGACAACGCAACCCAGCCAGAAGUGACCAAUGCCUUUGUCACUAUGCAUGUCAGAGAUUACAACGACAACCAGCCCACGAUGACCAUCAUCUUUCUCAGUGAGGAUGGAUCUCCCAGAAUCUCAGAAGGGGCGCAGCCAGGCCAGUAUGUAGCCCGGAUCUCAGUCACUGACCCAGACUAUGGAGAGUAUGCUAACGUCAACGUAUCACUAGAGGGAGGUGAUGGAAAGUUUGCCCUGACCACCAAAGAUAGCAUCAUCUAUCUCAUCUGUGUGGAUCAGAUUCUGGACCGGGAGGAGAGAGACACCUAUGAGCUGAGGGUGAUGGCAACGGACUCGGGCACGCCUCCUCUAAGGGCCGAGUCCUCCUUUAUCAUCCAAGUGACUGACAUGAAUGACAACCCUCCUCUGUUUGACCAGCCAGUGUACAAGCAGAUCAUCCCUGAAGUGGUCUUUCCAGGAAGCUUUGUGCUACAAGUAACAGCAAGAGAUAAAGACCAAGGGCCGAACGGAGACAUAAGCUACAGCAUCCUGCAAGACCAAAGUGCUUACUACAGCUGGUUCAGUAUAGACUCCAUUACAGGCAUUAUCACCACUCUCUCCCAGCUGGAUUAUGAAAAGAACCCUAGUCCCAGUAUAACUGUGGUGGCCACAGAUGGAGGAAAGCCACCCCUUUCCUCCACUGCAGUGGUAAACAUCUUACUUCAGGAUAUAAAUGACAAUGAGCCAGUUUUUGAGAAAAACUUCUACAAUGUGUCCAUCAAGGAAAACACAGCUCCAGGGACCUGCAUUCUUGAGGUGACUGCGACAGAUGCAGACGGCGGCUCCUUUGGCUCAAUUACCUACUCCCUUGGCUCUGGCAUUAACAGCGCUGUUCCCUCUCAGUUCACAAUUGGCAAGGAGACGGGCCAGAUCUGCACUAGUGCUGCACUAGACAGAGAUCAAGGGCCAGCCAGCUUCGACUUUACUGUUACUGCAGUGGAUGGGGGUGGACUGAGCUCAGUAGCCUAUGUAAAGGUAGAUCUGGCCGACAUUAAUGAUAACAGACCCGCUUUCUACCCACUCAGCUAUGCUGUUAGUUUGAGCACACAGAGUGCUCCUGGGACAUCUGUUGUCAGAGUGACUGCCUAUGACCCGGACUCAGGCGAGAAUGGCAGAAUUACAUACACAACAGUACCUGGAGGGGCCUCCCCAUACUUUACCCUCAACAAAGACACAGGUGUGAUCUCCCUGUCUCGGUCUGUCUAUGGGAAGGCCAACUCUGUGAUUCCCAUGGUUAUCUCUGCUCAGGAUGGUGGUGGUCUGGUUGCCCUCGUCAAUGCCAGAGUCAACAUCAGCGUGGUGGCAGGGCUGGUGGCGCCGCCUGUGUUUGAACAGACUCAGUACUACUUCACUGUAUCAGAGGAUGUCCUGCGGGGAACAGUUGUAGGCACUGUCCAGGCCAGCAGCAAAACAGGCACCCCUAGAGAUAUUUCUUACACCAUCAGCUCUGGGGACCCUGCAGGCUAUUUCACAGUAGAUCCUGACACUGGGGCCUUGAGAACCAGUCUGCCCCUGGAUCACGAAGCCCAGUCAGCUCUUGAUUUGGAGGUGCAGGCCCGUAGUGGCAACCCCCCUGCCUUUGGCCAGACCCGUGUUCACAUUACCAUUGCAGACAUCAACGAUAACCCUCCUGUUUUUCUGCCUUCGUCGUCAGAGUCCCUGCUGCUGCCAGAGCAUACAGAAAUGGGCACAGUGAUAUAUCGCAUCCAAGCUGAGGACAGAGACUCAGGAGUUAAUGGACAGCUCUCCUUUGACCUUUCUUCUCCGAGUGCCAGCCAGAGGAUUUUCAGUAUAGAGCGUAGCAGUGGAGAAGUUCGAUUAGUGGGGAGCCUCAGCUAUGAAAAUACGCCCCGUUAUGACCUCCAGGUGAUUGCCAAAGAUAGCGGAGUACCCCAGCUUAGCGCCACCUUCAUGCUUGUGGUUCAUGUCCAGGCAGAGAAUGACCAGGGACCUGUGUUUGAUACCCUCACCUAUCGAGUAGAACUAAAAGAAGGAACUCCCAUAGGCACACGCUUCCUGCAGGUCAGGGCUUUGAACAGAGAAACCCCCGGCUCAGGUCACUUCAGUCCCCUGGCGUAUUACCUGCGUCCAGACGGAGAUGCAGCAGGGUUUGGCAUUGCUGCAGAGAGUGGCUGGCUGUUUGUGAAGAGUGCCCUGGACAGGGAAGUCAAGGACAUGUAUCUUUUAACGGUUCUGGCCAGUGCAGGUCAUGGACAGCUAAAGAAGACAGGCAGUGCCACAGUGCGGAUAUCGGUGACCGAUGAGAAUGACAACUCUCCCCGGCUCGCACAGGAGAGAGUCUUCCUGGCUGUCAGAGAGAACCUGCCUCCAGGAACAGGCUUCGGUCAUGUGCUGGCUUCAGACCGAGACAGUGGCUCCAACGGACGCCUCAGCUACCGUUUCCUGCACCCAGACCGCCACUUCCAGAUAAACACCCACACAGGUGAGAUCAGUACAAGGAUGACUCUGGACAGAGAGCAGCAGUCGGGUUACCAGCUGGUGGUGGUGGUGCAGGAUGGAGGCUCUCCCACUCGUAGUGCCACAGGCACAGCUUUCAUCACUGUUCUGGACGAUAAUGACAACGACCCUGUUUUUAGCCACAGCCAGUCAGGCAAGAACAUCAUCAUACAGGUGACAGAAGGCCAGUCUUCUGGUGCCGUACUGGGCACACUGCAAGCCAAAGAUCCCGAUGAAGGGGAGAAUGGCACCGUUAUAUACUCUUUGUCAGGUCCCAGGGCUGAGCGUUUCUCUUUGAACACAAACACUGGUGAGCUGCGUUCAUCAUCCCCUCUGAGCCACUCGGAGCGGGCCGAGUACUCUCUGAUGGUGACAGCCACUGACAGAGGACUGCCCCCUCGCAGCACCUCCUGCUCCCUCACUAUUCAGGUUAUCAGCAUUAAUAGACCUAUUACUAAGGCCAAUUCACUCUCCAUAUCUUUCAACUCCGUGGAGGAGGCCAAACCUGGAUCCGUUAUUGGUUCCGUUCGGCUCCACAACAGAGGAACCUUAGAAGACGGGGAGGUGACCUACACAGUGGUGGGAGGUGCAGAUCGAGAUGGGACCUUUGUUGUGGACCGUCUGACUGGUGACGUGUACCUGGCUCGUGCUCUUGACUAUGAACGCGACGCUCGCUACAGCCUGCAAAUUGAGGUGGAUGACUUCUCUCAAGCCCCUCCCAGCAGCACCCUAGUCCACCUGGACAUUGAUGUAGAAGACAGCAAUGACCACACCCCUGAGUUCCCUGAAGACCCCAUCACCGUUGUCAUCUCUGAGAGCAUGGAGCCUGGCUCGUCCGUGUACACUUUCCAGGCCACAGAUAAGGAUGGCAGUGGGCCUAACAGCGAGCUAGUGUAUUCUGUUCUCCAUCAGUGGCCAAACACCCCUGGCCUAUUAGCCCUCGAGCCCUCCACUGGGAUUCUGUCCUUGGGCCAGAAGCUGGAUUAUGAGGUCACCAAAAACCUGAUCCUGGUUGUUAAAGCAACAGAUUCUGCCCUCGACGCCAGCCAGAGGCGCUGGAGUUCUGUCACAGCGAGAGUGUAUGUAACUGAUGAGAACGACAAUCCACCGGUGUUCAUAUCGCCAACAGCUGUCAGUGUGAUGGAGGACCAGCCAGUGGGCUUUGUGGCUUUGUAUGUGAUGGCCAGAGAUGCCGAUCAAGGGGAGAAUGGAAGAGUAUCCUACAGAAUCCAGUCAGGCAACAGUGCAGGGACAUUCAGCCUCAACCCAAACACUGGCUCUCUGUCUAUUUUAAAACCUCUGGACCGUGAGGAGCAGGACAUCUUUAACCUCACUAUAAUCGCUGAAGAUCAUGGGAUACCCCAGCACUCUUCUAGCCAGCUGCUGUGUGUCCACGUGAUUGAUGUUAACGAUGAGGUGCCCUGGUUUGAGGAGAGCCAGUAUGAAGCCCAGAUCUCUGAGAACCAGCCUCCAGGAACUAGUGUGUUGACAGUGUCUGCCUCUGAUCUGGACCAAGGAACCAAUGGGCAAGUGACAUAUGGUGGUGUCUCACAUGAGGGCUUCAACAUCAACCCAGUGACAGGUGUCAUCACAACCACUAAGGCUCUGGACAGGGAGCUUCAGGACUACUAUACUGUAACAGUUUAUGCAAAAGAUGGAGGCCUUCCACCCAACUAUGCUAAAGCAACAGUGAGAAUCAAGGUUCUGGAUGUUAAUGACAACGCCCCUGUCUUUGGUCGUCUGUACUAUAGCAUAGAGGUGCCCGAAAACCUAGAGGCAUUACCUCUGUUCACCCUGAGAGCCACUGACCCUGAUGCAGAAAACAGUGGGGUGAUAAACUAUAGAAUUACAGCUGAAGAUCAGUCUGGAGACUUCCACUUGGACAGACAGUCAGGUGUACUGUCCACCUCACGGCCUCUGGAUCGGGAGAAGAGAGGUGGAUACACGCUAACAGUCAUAGCUCAUGACCAGGGCCAGCCUUCCCUCAGCAGCACUGCCACUGUUGAGGUGACGGUUCUGGACAUCAACGACCACAGUCCACAGUUUCAGAGCAGCAGCUACACUGCAGACAUUUCGGAAGACGUUCCUAUUGGCUCACUGGUCCUGGAGGUGAAAGCCAUUGAUUUGGACUUUGGUCCCAACAGCCAGGUGCUGUACUUUCUGAGCCGUGGCUCCCAGAGUAUGUUCAUCAUAGACCAGAACACAGGCCGCAUAAUCACAGCAGCACCCCUAGACAGAGAGAGAACCGCCUCAUACACUUUUGAGGUGUGCGCCACUGACUCCUCCCCUGCAAACCCACGUAACUCCACCGCUCAGGUGACAAUCUACAUUCAGGAUGUGAACGACAAUGCCCCCUUCUUCAUUCAGGAUCCACUUAUUGUGAACAUCUCCGCCAGUAGCAUUUCAAACCGCCGUGUGUUGGCUACCAUGAGGGCAGAGGACAAGGACUUUGGGGCCAAUGGCUCUGUUUUUUAUCGUUUUGCAAACCCUGCGAGAGGCUUCACCAUUAACUCACUGACAGGAGACAUACAGGCUACAGAGAAGCUGCAGACUCUGACCCAAAGCCAAAGGACUUUGAUAGUUCAGGCCAUGGAUCAAGGAAACCCAGCUCAAUCUUCCCUGGGGGUGGUUGUUAUUUACAUCAGGGAACAGAGCUACAGGGGGAUUCGCUUCUCCCGCACAGCUAGAGAUGUCAGUCUGCAAGAGAACGCUGCUCAAGGCACAGUGAUAACACAAACUCAGGCCCAGUACCCUGAUGGCUCUAAAACUGGUAUCAGCUACAGUAUUUUCAGUGGAAAUAGACUGGAGUCUUUUGGAAUUAACGCCAUCACUGGUGAAAUAUGGGUCCAGAAGUCUGACGGACUUGACUAUGAGGAAACCCCAAAACUCCGCCUUGUGGUGAAAGCAGAGACGGCAUCCUCCAGCUCCUACAUGGCUGUCAACUUGCUCCUGCAGGACGUAAAUGACAACCUGCCGCGCUUCCAACUUCAGAACUAUGUAGCCUACAUUAGGGAGGCACAAGGCUACGAUUUUCCCAUUAUCCAGGUUGCUGCAGAUGACCUGGACCAGGGUCAAAAUGGUCAGGUGACCUAUUCUAUCAGGUCAUCAUCCAUGAGUGGCUUGUUUAAGAUAGACCCACUGACGGGCAGCGUCACCACAGCAGCUAUAAUGGACAGAGAGAUCUGGACGCAAACAAAGCUUGUUGUUACGGCAACAGACCGGGGAACCCCGCGGCUUGCUGGCUCUGCCACCCUCACUGUGAUCAUCAUCGACCUCAACGACAACAGUCCCAUGAUUCCUCUGCCUAGGAAGAUCCGAGUGCCUGAGGAUACACUCAUUGGCACAGUAAUCACCCAGGUAACAGGAAAUGAUGUGGACUCAGGGCCAGCUCUCUCCUACACACUGCAUCUGGAUGUCAACAGCCAGGGCAUGUUUGGGAUUCAUCGUUAUGGGGGAGGAGUGUCUUUGACCGGCCCUCUAGACUAUGAGGAAAGGACGUGGUACACUCUGACAGUCCGCUCAUCUGACUCUAAGCAUGAAAGCGAAGCCAACCUCACUGUGCUGGUGGAUGAUGUGAACGAUAAUGCCCCUAUCUUCACUCAUGACUUGUAUCAGGUGACCGUACCAGAGCGCCUCCCAGCAGGCAGUGCAGUCAUCACAGUAACAGCCACCGACCGUGACUCUGGAGAGAAUGGAAGGAUUACUUACAGAGUAAUGUCAUCAACUAAGGGUGUCUUCUACAUUGACCCGAGCAAUGGUACUCUGUUCAUCCAGCAGCAAACAGAGUUUGAUUUUGAAAAUCCCUCCAUUUUGGUUGUAAUUGAGGCACGCGACCAGGGUACUCCAUCGCUUUCAUCCAUCGCCACUGUCCAGGUACAAGUGUCCGACGUCAACGACAACGCCCCGGUCUUCCACCAGUCAGAGUACAGAGCCACUGUGUCUGAAGACGGGCUUCCUGGAUCAACUGUUCUGACAUUAGAAGCUGUGGAUGGAGACCUGUUCCGGGACAACUGUGGUUUUGAUUUUGCCAUUGCCAGCGGCAAUUCAGGUAAUGCCUUCCAGAUUGAGAGCAGUGUGCGCUUCUUUGAAGGGCGGGGCUUCCAGACAGUUGGCAGCCUGAUCCUGGUGGAGAACCUGGACUUUGAAGCAGUACCAAGUUAUAACUUGACUGUUGUGGUAUCGGAUCGUGGAAUCCCUCAGCGUAGCUCCAGCGUGCCUAUCCUUAUAAGUGUUACAGAUGCCAAUGACAACCCUCCAGCUUUCAGCCGGACAGAGUACAGUGUGGUACUGAGUGAGGGUACUGCAGCAGGGACUGAGAUCUUGCAUUUAUCUGCUACAGAUUCAGACUCUGCACCAAACGGAGAGGUGCAGUACUCUAUAAGCUCAGGGGAUGAGACAAACCUUUUCCAGGUGGACCAGUGGACUGGAGCUUUGAGGCUGCAGAGACCUCUGGACAGCAAGACACAACUGUCCCAUAUGAUUGUUGUCCAGGCUACUGACGGUCAGGGACACUAUGCUUUGGCCCCCGUCAGCAUCGAGGUGAAGGAUAUCAAUGAUAACCGGCCCUUCUUCCCCCUCAAACUCGUAACUGCAAGCAUCAGGGAAAACCAACCCCAGAAUGCCUUAGUUACCAUGCUGCAUGCAAUCGACCACGACAGAGGUGUUUUUGGACAGCUGAGGUACUACAUGUUAGAUACGUCUAAAGAAGGAAAAGAGGGUUUCCUCAUCAAUCAAACUUCAGGCGAAAUUCGGACUCGCUCUACUUUUGACUUUGAGAAGGUAAACUCCUUCCAUUUUGAGGCUGUUGCCAUGGAUGCUGGCAACUAUUCUGCUUCUGUAACAGUACAGGUUUACAUUACAGGGGAGGAUGAAUAUGAUCCUGUUUUCACCUCUUCUGAGUUUUCAUUUGAAGUGCCUGAAGGAGCGAAGAAAGGUCACAUGAUUGGCAAAGUACAAGCUAGAGAUGAGGAUGGAGGCGUGGAUGGAGUUAUCCUCUACUCUUUACCAGACCAUUCGCCUUAUUUUGAAGUCAACAAUUCAACUGGAGCAAUUUCUUUAAAGAUGGACAGCUACAGUCGACACGUGAGUCGCUCUAAAAGAGAGGUGCGGCUGGUGACAUUGGAUGUGACUGCUCACAGUCCUCUGGAGACGUCUCGCAUAGCUGUGGCUAAAGUUACCAUAGAUGUGACCCAUACGUCUUUUGGCCUCACCACAGACAUGAAUAUGUUGCUCAUCAGUGUUAUUGCAGUUUCACUUGGGACCAUAGUCAUACUAAUAAUAAUUGCUGUGGCGCUAUUUUUUGUUAAAUUAAGACGUCACAAAAAGCAGCAAAAAGCUCAAGAACGAACACCAAUGUCAGGCACUCUGCUACACAAGUUUGAGGAAACAAAAAUAGCAGCAAAUGAAAUGAUUUACCAUCAGGCCCUUCCUGGAUAUGCAGCUGAUCAGAGUGGCAGCAGUGGGGGUCCAUACACCCGUGGGGGAUCCUUGGAUCCUUCCCACUCCAGUGGCCGUGGAUCUGCGGAAGCCGAGGCAGCAGAGGAUGAUGAGAUCAGAAUGAUUAAUGAAUAUCCUCGGGUGUCAAGUAUCUCGUCCUCAAUGCAGGAGCGCAUUUCUGCUCGAGGUCCGGACUCUGGAAUCCAGCAGGAUGCCGAUCAGCUGUCAGAUGUGUCCUGUGAGCCCUCCAUAGAUUGGUUCAAAGGGAAGAAACUGGGCAGUCUCAAUGGUACUUUACUAGCUGGCCAGGUGCCAGUCUACAGAGACGAAGGGGGUGGCUAUGUGGGUGUGGGACGGGGACUCAGUAUUUCCCGCCCUAAAGACUAUACUUUCCCGGAGGAUGGAAAGCCUCCUGUGGAUGGCUCCCUGACAGCCAUUGUGGCCAGUGAAGAGGAGCUAAGGGGCAGCUAUAACUGGGACUACCUACUAAACUGGUGUCCCCAGUUCCAACCCUUAGCUAACGUUUUUACUGAAAUAGCACGUUUAAAAGAUGAAACGGCUGCUCCUCAUCCUCGCAGGUCAUUUCAUCAGAAAGCAAAAGCAGAGUCAAGAAUCGACCCCCCACCUCUCAUAACCUCUGUGGCUCACCCCGGGGCCAAAACUGUACCUCCAAAGCCUGCUGUAGGGAGGACGUUCCCCCACUUGGCUUCAUUACGUAGAUCCCCCAUCAGCGCUGAGGGAUCCAUCUCCUCGGUGGCAAUGUCUCCAAGUUUCUCCCCCUCGCUCUCACCGCUGGCAGCACGUUCUCCUGCAAUUACGCCCUUCAGUGUCUCGCAGGGCCCCUCCGCCUCCAUGAUCAGCACAACUGAACACAACUUGGAACACAGUGAGGAGGCAGAACUGAGGAUUUAAACUUACAAAAGGUGAAUUAAAACUGAGUCACUGCUGUCCCAAACUUGUUCUACUGUAUUACCACAGGGGCUGCAACCUGAAAUGAGUCAAUGUAUUUUCUUUUCUCUUUCUUAAGAGAACUAGUUCAACGUUACACUAAGAAGUCCAAAUAACUGAAGUUAUGGUGCUUUCUGAAGAAAAACUACAUGACUAACAGGCCAAAAAGGACUAUGCCUUUGGGUGUGUAUGUGUGUGUGUGAAAGAAACUUACUCUUCUGUUGAUCAGUGGUAAUUUGCACAUUGGAAUGGAGAUUCAUACAUGAUGUCAAUAUUUUGUACAAAAGCAUUGUCUAUAUUUUUAUACUUCCAUGUGGUUUCUGACAAAAAAAAUGGAACUAAAGUGUCAAAGGGUUGUUAAAACCUUGGAAUAUAUUUCUAUAUUUGUAUAUCUGUAGCCUGUACUGUAUACUUGUUUGUACUGUAUGUUUGUGGUAUUUCUUGUAAUUCUCAACUUUGUGGUAUUAAAUGAAGCUCCUUGUUAAUGCUUUAUGAAAUGGGACCUUUAUAACAGAUAAAUGUAAAUAUUUAGAGAAAAAGAGGCAUCCUUGCUUGAACAAAUGAAACUCCAUUCAGCAUAGUAUUGUGUGAUCGAAAUUUUCUUAGAAUCCAGUGUUUGAUCUCACAUAAAAAAGUAACAAUGAAUGUGAAAUGCUGAAAAGUUGUUAUUGUGCUUAACAUGCAUCAUAUUCUACAAAGGAAAAUGGAACCUGAGGUCUAGUGAUCGUAUCCUUCAGGCACCUUGGAUUGCAUUUCUCACAACAAGCCUUACUGCUUUUUAUUUUGCAUUGUGAAAAUAUUUCAUUUAAGGGAGAACACUGAGCAGCUAUGUGGUAAAUGUAAAAAUGUUUGCUCUAUCAGCAGCCUAAUCAUUCCAGAGAAUGUAAGCAGUUGUUUGUCUACUCAUCUAAGGUUCCUCAGUAAAAUAUUAAAGACGCAUAACUUAAGCUGUUAAUCGGUGUGAUUGUAACGCUAACAAUAAUUUGCAGCAGGUUUUUCUAAUUUCUGUGUAUAGAUUUAAUGAAACUUUAAUGAAUGUUAGUUUGGAUGACAUUUCUCCCCUCUUUUCAGUAGCACUAUAAAUACUAUGUAUAUGGAUUAAAACUAAUACUUACAAAUGUUACAUUUGGUCUGAUAGAAGUAUUAAAGAAUUUCUGAAUGUUCCAACACCACCGUAGAAUGUUGCGCAAAAUGCUUUUACAUAGAUCCUUAUGACAUAAAAUAUUUAUGAUCAUAACUGUGUUUUUUGCAGCCUUUUUUUAAAAAGUAUCUGUUUACAUUAGCAACUUCCUAGUGCCCUUGCUUAACCCCAGUUGUAGACUCUAUAACAUUAUAUAACAUUCUACAGUUUUUUUAUUUAUCAGUUAGGUAGACCUCAGAAGCUGAGAGACUUGGUAAAUUAUUUACAUGGAUACUGUUUUGACCAUUGCCAAAUAUACAUAAAUACUACCUAUUUAAUAGGAAGGAGGUACCUUGUUGUUUGUCUUGUUUUUUUUCUAUCUAACAGUGUUACCUGCUGCUUGCAUUUCUUGUUUGUGCCAACUGUGUAUACAAUGGUAUCAUAGAAGAGAAAGUCCUCCACAUAUCAUGCUAGGCUUGUCCAGACAAAUGUUUUGAGCAAAAAGUGCCUGAUUAAAGAACUUGUGAUCACA